UUCUUUGCAGCAAAAAAUUACAUGUAUAUAUUAUCAAGAUAAUAUAUACAUCUGAUCUUAUUUUUUAAAAAAAAGUUUAUUUUGCUCCGAUUUUGAAAAAGAGGGAGCGUGGGUGGCCAGCGGUUUUUAUAAAUUAUUCUUAUUUUCUGUUAUCUGUCCCUGUCCCUCCCCACCCCCUGCUGAAGCUUGAAUAAGGGCAGGGACCGCGGCUCCUACCUAUCGGUCACCCCCUUACCCGUUCCUCCCCCUCCCCAACGCCCAGCACAGUGCCCUGCACACAGUAGGCGCUCAAUAAAUGUUCGUGGAUGAUGAUGAUGAUGAUGAUGAAAAAAAUGCAGCAUCAACGGCAGCAGCAAGCGGACCACGCGAACGAGGCAAACUAUGCAAGAGGCACCAGGCUCCCUCUUUCUGGUGAAGGACCAACUUCUCAGCCGAAUAGCUCCAAGCAAACCGUCCUGUCUUGGCAAGCCGCAAUCGAUGCUGCUAGACAGGCCAAGGCUGCCCAAACUAUGAGCACCUCCGCACCCCCACCUGUAGGAUCUCUCUCCCAAAGAAAACGUCAGCAAUACGCCAAGAGCAAAAAACAGGGUAACUCGUCCAACAGCCGACCUGCCCGUGCCCUUUUCUGUUUGUCACUCAAUAACCCCAUCCGAAGAGCCUGCAUUAGUAUAGUGGAAUGGAAACCAUUUGACAUAUUUAUAUUAUUGGCUAUUUUUGCCAAUUGUGUGGCCUUAGCUAUUUACAUCCCAUUCCCUGAAGAUGAUUCUAAUUCAACAAAUCAUAAUUUGGAAAAAGUAGAAUAUGCCUUCCUGAUUAUUUUUACAGUCGAGACAUUUUUGAAGAUUAUAGCGUAUGGAUUAUUGCUACAUCCUAAUGCUUAUGUUAGGAAUGGAUGGAAUUUACUGGAUUUUGUUAUAGUAAUAGUAGGAUUGUUUAGUGUAAUUUUGGAACAAUUAACCAAAGAAACAGAAGGCGGUAACCACUCCAGUGGCAAAUCGGGAGGCUUUGACGUCAAAGCCCUCCGCGCCUUUCGAGUGUUAAGACCACUUCGACUAGUAUCAGGAGUGCCCAGUUUACAAGUUGUCCUGAACUCCAUUAUAAAAGCCAUGGUUCCCCUCCUUCACAUAGCCCUUUUGGUAUUGUUUGUAAUCAUUAUCUAUGCUAUUAUAGGAUUGGAACUUUUUAUUGGAAAAAUGCACAAAACAUGUUUUUUUGCUGAUUCAGAUGUUGUAGCUGAAGAGGACCCAGCACCAUGUGCGUUCUCAGGGAAUGGACGCCAGUGUACCGCCAAUGGCACGGAGUGUCGGAGUGGCUGGGUUGGCCCCAAUGGAGGCAUCACCAACUUUGAUAACUUUGCCUUUGCCAUGCUCACCGUGUUUCAGUGCAUCACCAUGGAGGGCUGGACAGACGUGCUCUACUGGGUAAAUGAUGCGAUAGGAUGGGAAUGGCCAUGGGUGUAUUUUGUUAGUCUGAUCAUCCUUGGCUCAUUUUUCGUCCUUAACCUGGUUCUUGGUGUCCUUAGUGGAGAAUUCUCAAAGGAAAGGGAGAAGGCUAAAGCCCGGGGAGACUUCCAGAAGCUCCGGGAGAAGCAGCAGCUGGAAGAGGAUCUAAAGGGCUACUUGGAUUGGAUCACCCAAGCAGAGGACAUUGACCCUGAGAAUGAAGAAGAAGGAGGCGAGGAAACCAAACGGAAUACCAGCAUGCCCACCAGUGAGACAGAGUCUGUGAAUACGGAGAACGUGAGCGGGGAAGGCGAGAACCAAGGCUGCUGUGGGAGCCUCUGGUGCUGGUGGAGAGGAAGAGGCGCUGCGCAGGCCGGGCCCUCUGGUUGUCGGCGGUGGGGUCAAGCCAUCUCAAAAUCCAAGCUCAGCCGACGCUGGCGUCGCUGGAACCGCUUCAAUCGCCGAAGAUGCAGGGCUGCUGUGAAGUCUGUCACGUUUUACUGGCUGGUUAUUGUCCUGGUGUUUCUCAACACCUUAACCAUUUCCUCCGAGCACUACAACCAGCCUGACUGGUUGACACAGAUUCAAGACAUUGCUAACAAAGUCCUUUUGGCUCUGUUCACCUGCGAGAUGCUGGUAAAAAUGUACAGCUUGGGUCUCCAGGCGUAUUUCGUGUCUCUUUUUAAUCGGUUUGAUUGCUUUGUGGUGUGUGGUGGAAUUACCGAAACCAUCUUGGUGGAACUGGAAAUCAUGUCUCCCCUGGGCAUCUCUGUGUUUCGAUGUGUGCGCCUCCUGAGAAUUUUCAAAGUGACCAGGCACUGGACGUCCCUGAGCAACUUGGUGGCAUCCUUGUUAAACUCCAUGAAGUCCAUCGCUUCGCUGCUGCUUCUGCUUUUCCUCUUCAUCAUCAUCUUUUCCUUGCUUGGGAUGCAGCUGUUCGGCGGCAAGUUUAAUUUCGACGAAACGCAAACCAAGAGGAGCACCUUUGAUAAUUUCCCUCAAGCACUUCUAACGGUGUUCCAGAUUCUGACAGGUGAAGACUGGAAUGCUGUGAUGUAUGAUGGCAUCAUGGCGUAUGGGGGCCCAUCAUCUUCAGGAAUGAUCGUCUGCAUCUACUUCAUCAUCCUCUUCAUCUGCGGUAACUAUAUUCUACUGAAUGUCUUUUUGGCCAUUGCUGUAGACAACUUGGCUGAUGCUGAAAGCUUGAACACUGCUCAGAAGGAGGAAGCUGAAGAAAAGGAAAGGAAAAAGAUUGCCAGAAAAGAAAGCCUGGAAAAUAAAAAGAACAACAAACCAGAAGUCAACCAGAUAGCCAACAGUGACAACAAGGUUACAAUUGACGACUACCGAGAAGAGGAUGAGGACAAGGACCCCUACCCGCCUUGUGAUGUGCCAGUAGGUGAAGAGGAAGAAGAGGAGGAGGAGGAUGAGCCUGAGGUUCCAGCUGGCCCCCGUCCUCGCAGAAUCUCUGAGUUGAACAUGAAAGAGAAAAUUGCCCCUAUUCCCGAAGGGAGCGCUUUCUUCAUUCUUAGCAAGACCAACCCGAUCCGAGUGGGCUGCCACAAGCUCAUCAACCACCACAUCUUCACCAACCUCAUCCUUGUCUUCAUCAUGCUGAGCAGCGCUGCCCUGGCGGCUGAGGACCCUAUCCGCAGCCACUCCUUCCGGAACACUAUACUGGGUUACUUUGACUAUGCUUUCACAGCCAUCUUUACUGUUGAAAUCCUAUUGAAGAUGACAACUUUUGGAGCUUUCCUCCACAAAGGGGCUUUCUGCAGGAACUACUUCAACUUACUGGAUAUGCUGGUUGUUGGGGUGUCUCUGGUGUCAUUUGGGAUCCAAUCCAGUGCCAUCUCUGUUGUGAAGAUUCUGAGGGUCUUAAGGGUCCUGAGGCCACUCAGGGCAAUCAACAGAGCAAAAGGACUUAAGCACGUUGUCCAGUGCGUCUUUGUGGCCAUCCGGACAAUUGGCAACAUCAUGAUCGUCACCACCCUGCUCCAGUUCAUGUUCGCCUGCAUUGGGGUUCAGCUGUUCAAGGGAAAGUUCUAUCGCUGUACCGACGAAGCCAAAAGUAACCCUGAAGAAUGCAGGGGGCUCUUCAUCCUCUACAAGGAUGGAGAUGUGGAUAACCCUGUGGUCCGUGAGAGGAUCUGGCAGAACAGUGAUUUCAACUUUGACAACGUCCUCUCGGCCAUGAUGGCUCUGUUCACAGUCUCCACGUUUGAGGGCUGGCCCGCGUUGCUGUACAGAGCCAUCGACUCGAACGGAGAGAACGUCGGCCCCAUCUACAACUACCGCGUGGAGAUCUCCAUCUUCUUCAUCAUCUACAUCAUCAUCGUAGCGUUCUUCAUGAUGAACAUCUUUGUGGGCUUCGUCAUCGUCACUUUUCAGGAGCAGGGGGAGAAAGAGUAUAAGAACUGUGAGCUGGACAAAAAUCAGCGUCAGUGUGUUGAAUACGCCUUGAAAGCUCGUCCCUUGCGGAGAUACAUCCCCAAAAACCCCUACCAGUACAAGUUCUGGUACGUGGUGAACUCCUCGCCUUUCGAAUACAUGAUGUUUGUCCUCAUCAUGCUCAACACACUCUGCUUGGCCAUGCAGCACUACGAGCAGUCCAAGAUGUUUAAUGACGCCAUGGACAUCCUGAACAUGGUCUUCACUGGGGUUUUCACUGUCGAGAUGGUUUUGAAAGUCAUUGCUUUUAAACCCAAGGGGUACUUUAGUGAUGCCUGGAACACGUUUGACUCCCUCAUCGUAAUCGGCAGCAUUGUAGACGUGGCCCUCAGCGAAGCUGACAACUCUGAAGAGAGCAAUAGAAUCUCCAUCACCUUUUUCCGUCUUUUCCGAGUGAUGCGCCUGGUGAAGCUUCUCAGCAGGGGGGAAGGCAUCCGGACAUUGCUGUGGACUUUCAUUAAGUCAUUCCAGGCGCUCCCCUAUGUCGCCCUUCUCAUAGCCAUGCUGUUCUUCAUCUACGCGGUUAUCGGCAUGCAGAUGUUUGGGAAAGUUGCCAUGAGAGAUAACAACCAGAUCAACAGGAACAAUAAUUUCCAGACCUUUCCUCAGGCAGUGCUGCUGCUCUUCAGGUGUGCGACGGGGGAGGCCUGGCAGGAAAUCAUGCUGGCCUGCCUACCGGGGAAGCUCUGUGACCCCGAGUCGGAUUACAACCCCGGCGAGGAGUACACGUGUGGAAGCAACUUCGCCAUCGUCUAUUUCAUCAGUUUUUACAUGCUCUGUGCGUUUCUGAUCAUCAACCUGUUCGUGGCUGUCAUCAUGGACAAUUUUGAUUAUCUGACCCGGGACUGGUCUAUUCUGGGGCCUCAUCAUUUAGAUGAAUUCAAAAGAAUAUGGUCCGAAUACGACCCUGAAGCAAAGGGAAGGAUCAAGCACCUGGACGUGGUCACUCUGCUCCGCCGAAUCCAGCCUCCCCUGGGAUUUGGGAAAUUGUGCCCACACAGAGUAGCCUGUAAGAGACUAGUUGCCAUGAACAUGCCGCUCAACAGUGAUGGGACAGUGAUGUUUAAUGCAACUCUGUUUGCUUUGGUUCGAACGGCUCUUAAAAUCAAGACGGAAGGGAACCUGGAACAAGCUAAUGAAGAACUCCGAGCUGUGAUCAAGAAAAUUUGGAAGAAAACCAGCAUGAAACUUCUUGACCAAGUUGUCCCUCCAGCUGGUGAUGAUGAGGUAACCGUGGGGAAGUUCUAUGCCACUUUCCUGAUACAGGACUACUUUAGGAAAUUCAAGAAACGGAAAGAACAAGGACUGGUGGGAAAAUACCCCGCGAAGAACAGCACAAUUGCCCUACAGGCGGGAUUAAGGACACUGCACGACAUUGGGCCAGAAAUCCGGCGUGCUAUAUCAUGUGAUUUGCAAGAUGACGAGCCAGAGGAAACAAAACGAGAAGAAGAAGAAGAUGUAUUCAAAAGAAAUGGUGCCCUGCUUGGAAACCAUGUCAAUCAUGUUAAUAGUGAUAGAGAUUCCCUUCAGCAGACCAAUACCACCCACCGUCCCCUGCAUGUCCAAAGGCCUUCAGUUCCACCUGCAAGUGAUACUGAGAAACCGCUGUUUCCUCCAGCAGGAAAUUCGGUGUGUCAUAACCAUCAUAACCAUAAUUCCAUAGGAAAGCAAGUUCCCAGCUCAACAAAUGCCAAUCUCAAUAAUGCCAAUAUGUCCAAAGCUGCCCCUGGAAAGCGGCCCAGCAUUGGGAACCUUGAGCAUGUGUCUGAAAAUGGGCAUCAUUCCUCCCACAAGCAUGGCCGUGAGCCUCAAAGAAGGUCCAGUAUUAAAAGGUCUGACUCAGGAGAUGAGCAGUUCCCAACUAUUUGCCGGGAAGAUCCAGAGAUACACGGCUACUUUAGGGACCCCCACUGCUUGGGGGAGCAGGAGUAUUUUGGCUGCGAGGACUGCUACGAGGGCGACAGCUCGCCGACCGGGAGCAGGCAAAGCUACGGCUACGGCUGCGGCUACUACAACCGACACCCAGGCAGCAGCUUGGAUUUCGAGCGGCCCCGAGGGUACCAUCACCCGCAAGGCUUCUCGGAGGAUGAUGACUCGCCUGUUUGCUACGAUUCCCGGAGGUCUCCAAGGAGACGCCUACUACCUCCCACUCCAACAUCCCACCGGAGGUCCUCCUUCAACUUCGAGUGCCUGCGCCGGCAGAGCAGCCAGGAGGAGGUCCCGCCAUCCCCCGCCCUCCCCCACCGCGCGGCCCUGCCUCUGCACCUGAUGCAGCAACAGAUCAUGGCAGUUGCUGGCCUAGAUUCCAGUAAAGCCCAGAAGUACUCGCCGAGCCACUCCACCCGGUCGUGGGCCACCCCUCCAGCGACCCCAUCGUAUCGGGACUGGACGCCAUGCUACACCCCCCUGAUCCAGGUCGAGCGGCCAGAGGCCCUGGACCAGGUCAACGGCAGCCUGCCGUCCCUGCACCGCAGCUCGUGGUACACGGACGAGCCUGCCAUCUCCUAUCGGACCUUCACACCAGCCAGCCUGACCGUCCCCAGCAGCUUCCACAGCAAAAACAGUGACAAGCAGAGGAGCGCAGACAGCUUGGUGGAGGCAGUCCUGAUAUCUGAAGGCUUAGGACGAUAUGCGAGGGACCCAAAAUUCGUGUCAGCAACAAAACACGAAAUUGCCGAUGCCUGUGACCUGACCAUUGACGAGAUGGAGAGUGCGGCCAGCACCCUGCUGAACGGGAACGUGCAUCCCCGGGCCAACGGGGACGUGGGCCCUGUCUCACACCGGCAGGACUAUGAGCUCCAGGACUUCGGGCCGGGCUACAGCGACGAGGAGCCAGACCCUGGGAGGGACGAGGAGGACCUGGCAGAUGAAAUGAUUUGCAUCACCACCCUGUAACCUCCAGGGAGGGGCAGACUGGCUCUGGCCUCAGGUGGGAUGCCAGAGGGCCAGGGGAAAAGUGCCUCUGUAGUUAGGAAGAUUUAGGCACUAGUGUGGAGUCCCUAUUCAAUUAGACGUUCGUAUAAGUGAUGUCAUGCCUCAAGGAAGCCAUAAACCUGGUAGGGAACAGCCGUGUCCAUGUGCUCAGCCCCAGCCCAGCUGCAGGCAAGAGCAGGUCCAGCCCUCCCGGAGAGGAACAGCGAGAAGGCCGGACAAGCCUGCCCGCUUGUGCUGGUCCGGAGCGCACACCGGCCACCCGCAGGCACGGGGAAGGCGGGGAGAAGGUUUAAGGUGAUGACGAUCACCAUACCUGUGUCAUUACCUCAGCUGUCAGUCUAGCAUAUCAGACGUUCACUGGGCCCAGCAUAUCCAUUUUUAAACUCUUUCCCCCCAAACACACUGCUUCCUGGUUCCCGUGCAGCUGUUCUGAAAUACAGUGUGUAAUCAGGACCCACCUACCAGCCGCCGUCCUGAGGGGGAGCAGGACCCUGUCGACAGGGUUUUCUGUGACGUGAGGCCAGUUUACAGGAGAGAGCAUCACUCUGACGGUCAGUCUCUGACUGUCGGGGUAAGAGCAGCUGUAAACUGGAAUAAUAAUGCACUCGCAACCAGGUAAACUUAGAUACGCUAGUUUGUUUAAAAAUUAUAGAUUUACUGUACAUGACUUGUAAUAUACUAUAAUUUGUACUUGUAAAGAGAUGGUCUAUAUUUUGUAAUUAUUGUACCGUAUUUGAAAUGCAGCAAUAUUCCUGGGUCCUAAUAAUUGUAGUUUCCCACUGAAAUCUAGAAACUAUUAGUAUUUUUACUCGGGCUAUACAGAAGUAGAAGAAAUAGAGCCAAUUCUCAUUUAUUCAGUGAAAAUCUUUUGGGGGUAAAAUUUUAAGUUUAAAAGAACUUGACACUACAGAGAUUUUUUCUAAAAUAUUUUGAGUCACUAUAAAUCUGUCUUUACACACGAGAUACCAGAUGACUAUCUGCAGUCUUUUCUGUGGGCCAGGGUUCUGUGAUUUGAUAUUGUACCUUCCGAUCCACCAUGGGUUGCAGCUGUCUUUUGUUUUACUUUAAUACCCCUCCAAUGAGUUCACUGCAGAGUAGGUCGAGCUGGCUCCUCUGACCCUGG